UCCUCAGUCUCGCGUCACCCGAUUGGUCGUACAGAGGUGCGAUACGACGUUUCGGCUUUUGCUACGUACGUCAUCGGAGACGACGUUCGCCGUCCCGACGCUCUAUAGGGCUACAGAGACGCGUCGAUGUAAACAUUUACCGGCCCGAUAACGUUUCUUCUUUUGGUGGAUGUUUUGUGGUUUAAUUUUUUUUUUGAUAAUUAUACAAGUGGUGUUUUGUUUGCAUUUUUUUUAUUUUUUGGAUUUAAUUAGGGAGUUCGGCGAUAUCAGAGUUGCCGCGUAUCCCAUCCUACCGACUGUCUCUACUGCCAUGUGAACAUUCACCCUCACACUCUAUAAAAGUAAAACCAAUUUAAAACGUCCAAAAAAAUCCCCAUGGCAACGAACAUAGUCACCGAAUGGCUAAAAUCUCUUCGCUUGGGCCAGUACUCCGAAAGUUUCAUAGACAACGGCUAUGACGACCUGGAAAUCUGCAAACAAAUCGGCGAUCCAGACUUAGAUGCCAUCGGGGUAUUUAAUCCCUCGCACAGGGGUCGGUUGUUGCAAAGUGUACGUACUUUACGCGAAGAGGGCGCUGCUAGCGUCUAUUUUAGCCUUGAAGAAGCCGAGAAAUCAGUUACGUUAGCUACGGAGGAAGCCUCCCUGUCGGAUCAGGCAUUUUUAGUAUCUGCACAGCAGAAUGACGCGGACAGGCACAGUACUGGAUCCAGGACGUCGGGAAAUGAGAAAAUUAAUCCCAGUGCGCCCAUGGAGGAGGUUUCCAGGUAUCUGGAUGAGUACGAGGAGGGUAAGGCGGAACUUGUUAAGAUACCGAGGAUGCAGCUUAAAGGGUUAUUGAAGGAGAAGCUGGGACAGGAUGGGGUGAAGUUAAGUCUGCAACCAUAUUCGACACAGGAUGGAGAACGAGGUUACUUGGAAGGCCUGGCAUCACGUUAUGCAGAUCUCUUUUCCACACAUUACGGAGAUGUUCUCGGGCACUUAGAAGACCUGAGGAAGGCGGAAGUAGCCGAAACGUCCGUCAAAGAGAAACAACAUCCGCUGGAAUCGAAUAACGUUAGUAAUAAUGUGGUGCAGGGCAUGACUACAUCACAAAGCCAGCCUAUUUAUGUUCCUGGAAAAUACCUGCCUUCCAGUUGUCUCUCGCAUAAAGAGGAAGACGACAUAUACGGAUUCACCGGCACUGUUUUCAAGCCAACUCAAAUAGCCCUUCCACAACAGCCUCAAAGGAUCAUUGGAGCUCACAUGACUCAACCGUUAUUAUCACAGCAGCAGCAUAAUUAUCAAACGUGCUUAAGCCCUCGGUCAGCCUACUUCUAUGAGUUUCCUCCCAACGAACAAGGAUACGCGAACACAACAAAAAAGAAAAAUACAUUUCAAAGGAUUCAGAGGAUAUUUAAGACUGCACAUAGAAAAGAAAAACACGGAUCCAGUUCUCCCAGGCAUGGCAGGGCGGUUACUACAAAAGGUGUCCCUCAAAGGGUGGACACACCAGACAGCGUCUUGCAGUCCGGCUUGGGUUUAACCGAUCUGGGUCAACAUGCGGUGUUACGUUCGAUGGUGGAUCCUUUGGAUUACGACAGGCUACGACAUUUACAAAUGAACGGUGGAGCUCCCAAUUCAUUCGAGGAAACGAUAUAUAAGCUGAAAGUUCAGGAGGCGAUGAGGAAAAGGGAGAAAUUCACCAAGGAACACGAGGAGAUUUUACGAGACAUAAAACAGGGUUUAUUGCAGUUAGGAAAGGAAGGAAUAAGAGGUCCAAUGACCUCAGACGAUACGUACAUGUACGACGACGAUGUCCGAAUGUUAGCGCCUGCAGGUGUUGCCCACCCUCACGACCUCCGAUUGGGCCACUGGUACGACGAACCCCCAUACGAAAGUGACCCGGAAGAUUUUUUAAUGGGAGGAGGUGGGCAGGCAACAAUCCAGAAUGGAAGAGUAUGUUUUACGCUAAACGUACGUCCAGACCAAAAAAAUGGCGAGGGUGUAAUAUCUUUGCGCAGUGCAGGUGACAUUUCGCUACCUACCGCCCAUUGUCAGACUCCUAGGCGGGGUCUGAUUUUGCCUAGAGAGGCGGGAUAUCCGCCCACGAUCAUACCACUUAGGUCUUCCAAAGAACGCGAAAGUGGCGACUACGCAAGCUCAGACGUUCAGAGCGUAAGCUCUCGCCUAUCCACCUUGUCCAUGGACACUAGCAGAUCAGAAAUUAUGGAGAUGACUAGCAUGAUAUCUCCACAGUACUAUACCCCUCUGGAGAGUAACAAAGGCAGGCAUUUCAGAAGGAGCCAUAAUUAUCCGAGAAGUGAGGAUGGCCUCUCCCCUAGCCAAAGUUCAGACUAUGAAGAUCAGGAAGAAUUCAGUAAUUGCAGUCAGCAGCAGAUUGCUACCGUCCAUGUGUCUAGCGAUGGAAGAUCAUCAGGGGUGUCCAGCCUAGUAGGAAAAGUCCGUGGACUAAGAGAAGACGUCCAAAGAAAAAUCUCAAGACUCAAAGGGGAGGAGCAGCGAGUUUCCCAAGAACAAACUCACACAUUCUCUGCUAGUUCCGUUGAAAGUAUUCCAAGUGGUUCUGGAUCGAGUACACAAGCUUUAGUAAGGGCUGGCAGCAACCAUAGCUCCAUAUCAAAUGAAGACGUGGAGCCCAGCCCUACAGAACAGAUCAUCGGAAGGGCUAAAGCACUCGUAGAUCAGAUUCCUAGUCCAUAUGAUAAGGAGGCUCUCAAAUUCAAGGCUGGUGAUAUAAUCGAUAUACUCUCGAUGAAUGCAAAUGGGCAAUGGAAAGGAAUCUCCCAUGGCAAAAAGGGAACUUUUAAGUUUAAAAACGUUGAACUCCUUAGUGAAAGAACUGUCAAGCUGAAAAAAGACGCCAAAUGGGUUAAAACCUUUAAAGGUCGACCUAUAUCUGUGCAAGAUCUAUUGCAAAAAAUUGGCUUAUCCGAAUAUGUUUCUGUGUUCAUCCUAAACGGUUACGAAGACCUGGAACUGUUUAAGGAAAUCGAACCGUCUGACAUGGAUUACUUGGGCAUAGUAAACGGAGAACAUCGGGCAAAGAUUUUAACUGCAGUGCAGUUUCUUCAUGAACUUGAUUCUGGAAGCGACUUGGACAUAGCAGGAUCAAGUAGCGAGAACGACGAUCAGCGACAACAGCGCAAACCGUUUGGCAGACGUCAUACGUCAAGGGAUUCGGGUUGUUAUGACAGCCACAAGAGGGCACACGUGUCUCCUCAGUCAGACGUAAGCGAUCAGGGCGACAAAAAUAAUCUGGACUCGGUGGUCGAGCAGUGUAACAACGAGAUUCUGGCUAGGGUGCGACAGGCGCAGAAAAAUCAAUUGAACGUCAAGGGUGGUGCAGAGUACGAAAUGAGUAUGCAUCAGGCAACGACGGACCUCAAAGUCAAAGACUCGUACGUCACGUUGCAUGGGCAAACGUCACUUCUGGACCCGGUCAAGAGGAAUUUGAUCAGUAGGAAGAAAACGGUGGAGGACUCGUUUGAUGAGAAGUUUUCUUCUGUAAAGUACGUUGUUAACUCGGAGCUUUGCGAGCAAGGGUCCUUAACAAUUUUGGGCAAAAGUUGCCUCAGUGAAAAAUCGAGCGACAGCGGUGUGAGCAGCAGCUCACUCUCCUCCACCUUGAAAGAGAGAGACAACCGUCCAAUAGGGGGAUAUCAACAUGUAGAACGAAGCAAUAUUUGUGCCAACCUGUCCAGUACUGCCAAUAAACGAACAUAAUCAAAAUGACCUUAGUUAAUAUAAUUGUUUAUGUAAUAAGUUGUUUUUUGUGACGUCAUCCCUCUUGAUCAUUCCACCACAAUAAUAUAUUUUCUUAAUAUAAUAUAAUAUACAGAAAUGGGAAAGCCACAUGAAGCAGCUUGGAUAAAAGAUGGACUUUUUUUAAAUAUUUAUUUAAAUAAGUAUGUUUAAAAAAUAAAUAAAUGUUUUAGUAAUAAAUUUUCGUGAUAGUAGAUGAA